AUGAUUUUCUGGACUGAUUAUCUUGUUGAUGACCAAAAGGAGCUUCAUCACCAAGUUAUGAAUCAACAGGAGCUUCAUCAUCAAGCUAGAAAGGAUUCGAGAAGUCGCAGAGAGGGGGGUGGAAUUUGUGGGGUUGAGUGCGCCGCCGGUCUCCCUCUGUGGACCGAGGGAGAGUUCUCUUCUAGCGGCGGCGAGCAAUCUGGGCCGUCCAUUCCAUCAGCAAUCGAGCUUUCCAAGCCUCCAAAAUUAUCUCUAUCCUUCGGCAGAUCCGAACCCUCGACCUCAGCGAUUCGACUUAUUUGCUCUUCGACGCAGCGAAAACAAUCUCAUCAAGAAAACUCCAAGGAACCAGAAGGUGAGGUGUCGGAAAACUCAGAGAAGGUCGAAAGUGAAGACGAUGAUGCUCGCAAUAGCGAUGCUGAAGAUGAGGAUGAGGAUGAGGACAGUGAUGGCGUUCAAGUGAAUAAAGAGACAGGUGAGAUCGGAGGUCCCAGAGGUCCCGAACCUACUCGCUUCGGCGAUUGGGAACGAAACUGUGGGUGCUCUGAUUUCUGA